ACUGAUACAACAUCAACAAAGAAUUGUUGUAUGUGAUCUAUACACAUAACCAGUGGUCGUAAAUUUCAUAUGUUAUAUCACAAUUAUUAAUCUGUUACUUAAAUUUUAUCAAUGGCUUCUGCAAGUUCUUCAACCCCAUCCUCUUGUGCUUCAUAUUUAAAUCCUACUGGCUACCACGCUUUUUUGAGUUUUCGCGGCGAAGACACUCAAUUUAAUUUUACUAGUCAUUUGUACCACGCUCUAGUUCGUCAUGGAAUUCGAACGUUUAAGGAUGAUCCUGAACUACUUAGCGGAGAAGCAAUCACAGACGCAUUGGUCUCAGCUAUUCAUCAAUCCAAGACUUACAUAGUUGUCCUUUCUGAAAACUAUGCUUCUUCGAGAUGGUGCCUUGAUGAGCUGAUAAACAUCCUCAAUUGUUGCAAAACAGAGCAAAGAUUGAUUAUUCCCGUGUUCUACAACAUUGAACCAUCAGUUGUGCGCCACCAAACUGGGAGUUAUCAUGAAGCAUUCCAGAAACAUGAAAUUCGUUUCGUAGGUGAAAUGGAGAAAAUUCACAAGUGGCGCCUUGCACUAACAGAAGUUGCCGAAUUUUCUGGAAAACAUGUGUCUGCAAAGAGGUGUGAAGCUCAUAUAGUGAAUGAAAUUGUUGAGGAGAUUCUACGCAAAAUAAAUCUCAAGGCUUUAGAAGUUGCCAAGUAUCCAGUUGGGUUGAAUUCUCGUGUUGAAUGCCUAAUGACAUUGUUGAGCAGUGACACGGAAGGCGUCUAUAGAAUUGGUAUAUAUGGUAUGGGUGGCGUUGGAAAAACAACUCUUGCCAAAGCUCUUUAUAAUCAACUCCUGCUACGGGGCUUUCAGGGAAGCUGCUUCCUUGCAAACAUUAGGGAGGUUUCCAAGACGGUCAAAGGCAUUGUAUCUUUACAACAGCAACUAAUUAAUGAUAUUCUUAAAAGUAAAACAAGAGUGAAAAUUCACAAUGUUGAAGAAGGGACCAAGUCUAUAAGAGAGAUAAUUUGUUCAGCAAAAAUUCUGGUUCUUAUUGAUGAUAUAGACGAGCUUGAACAAUAUGAAUCUUUGGUAGGACCAUUUGCUUCGGGGAGUAUAGUGAUAAUAACUACUAGGGAUGAAGAGAUACUGGAUAAAAUUGAGGUGGAGUCCAGAUACAGGGUAAAUGAGUUGGAUGAUGCUGAGUCGCUGGCACUAUUUACCCAACAUGCAUUUGAAAAGGCUAAACCAGACAACACUUUUAUGGUAUUGUCCAAAGACAUUCUACGUCUUGCUGGUGGCCUUCCCUUGGCUCUGAAGGUUUUCGGCUCAUAUUUGUCCAUGCGAUCUGAGGUAGGAUGGAAAUCUUACAUUGAGAAACUACAGCGACAUCCCAACAGCACUAUACAGCACAAACUUUUAAUUAGCUUGGAUGCCUUAGAAUCAGAUGAUCCUAUGCUGAAGAAAAUGUUCCUUGACAUUGCUUGUUUUUUCAUAGGAAGGAAGAAAAUAGAGGUGGUUGAAAUAUUGAAAACUUAUUAUUCCUAUGUUGAACAUAAUAUUGAUAUUCUAGAUAAGAGAUGUUUACUGACAACCAAUGAUAGAGAUGAGUUGAGGAUGCAUGAUCUUCUUAGGGAUAUGGGAAGGGAAGUUGCACGCAACAAUUCUGCUGAUGAGCCUGGGAAACAUAGCAGAUUGUGGGCAUCAAAAGAUAUAUGCAUUGUGUUGAAGAAACACAAGGGAACCGAAGCUAUUGAGGCUAUCAUUCCGAGUGACUUUUACUACCAAACUGCACUUAAUGGAGUAUCAUUCAAUACAGAAACAUUCAAAAGGAUGAGUAACUUAAGGUUUCUUUGCUUAAAUUAUCUAAGUCUCAUUGGAAGCUAUGAACAAAUAUUUGAAGAUUUGAGAUGGCUCUGUUGGGAGUUUUGUCCUUUAAAGUGUUUACCCUCUGAAUUUUACCCGCAAAAUCUUGUUGUUCUUAAGUUGCCUCAUAGCAAAUUGAGAAUAGCGUGGGAGGUAACCAUGGCUUCGCAGAUAUUUGAGAAGUUAAUGACUCUAGACCUCUCGGAUUCUCUAGAAUUAACGACUACUCCAGACUUUACAAAGUUUCCGUGUCUUGAAACUUUAAACCUUGAGGGUUGUAAAAGCUUGGAGGAGGUCCACAUAUCAAUUGGAAGUUUGGUGAAGCUUGUUUCCUUAAAUCUGGGUGGCUGUGUGAACCUUAGAUGUCUUCCAGACACCAUUUGCAACUUGACAGCAUUGAAAAGGCUAGAUAUUGUUAGUUGUCGUAGGCUACAAGCAUUGCCUGCAGAACUAGGAAACAUUAAAUCCCUAGAAGAGCUCAAUGCGGAGGAACUAACAGUUUCAAAAUUACCAGAUUCGAUUGGAUGUCUUAGUAAGCUUGUCGUGUUGGAGUUAAGUUAUAACAAAAAUCUUGAAAAUAUUCCUGACAGCAUUUGCAACUUAAGAGCAUUGGAAGUUUUAUGUAUUAGCGGUUGCAGUAGUGUGGAAGCAUUGCCUUUAAAACUGGGGAACAUCGAAUCCCUUAGAAAGCUUGAUGCAGAGGGACUGUCUGUUUUGAAAUUACCAGAUUCAAUUGGAUGUCUUGGUAAACUUGUGGAACUGAGAUUAAGUAGCAACAACUACCUUGAAACUCUUCCGGGAAAUGUUUGCAACUUAAGAGCAUUGGAAGUUUUAAGUAUUAGUGACUGUAGGAGUCUCAAAGCAUUGCCAGUACAAUGUGGGAAUAUUCAAUCCCUUAAAGUGCUAAAUGCUACAGAACUAACUGUUUCAAAGUUACCAGAUUCUAUCGGUUGUCUUUUUAAGCUUGUUCAGCUGAGACUCAAUAAUAACGAGAACCUUGAAUCUCUUCCAGACUCGGUCUGCAACAUGAGAUCUCUGCAAAAUCUUGAAAUUGAGGAUUGUUGCCGUCUAUUGUACAUUGUAAAACUUCCACCUAAUCUUAAAUGGAUAAGGGCAAAUGGCUGUACAUCUAUGAAAAGAUUACAUGUAUACAGUUUGAAACAGUUAGAGACGUUAAACCUUAGAAAUUGUAGUGCUUUGGCAGAAAUUCUAGGCUUGGAGGAACUCGCUUCUUUAGAAGUUCUUCACCUGACAGGUUGUAGUAGUCUGACGGAGAUUCAAGGCUUAAAGCAACUGACUUCUAUUAGAAUACUUGAUCUGGGAGGCUGCAACUCAUCUCUAGCAUGCACUUCCAGUAAAUGUUUCUUUGAGAUAUACUCUGGAUUUGGGCAUGAAAUCAAGAUAUAUACUUCAGCAGAGUUCCCAGACUGGAUUAAUGAAUCACUGGAUUUGAGCGAAUCAGCUAAUUCAGAGUCGACAUUAUCUUUAAAUUUGGUGCCAGAUGUGUCGCACAAUUUCUUGGCUAUGAUUCUUUGCUUUACACACUUAGGGGGGUAUAUUAAUUAUGUCAGUACUUAUUCUGUGAAGAAUAUCAGAAGUGAUUUUGUAUGGACCGGGAGUUUUUAUAUUAAUAACGGACCAUUGAUGAUAAUAGUACCAAGAUCUGAUUUCCCAGUCACAGAAGGUGAUGAUAAAAUUGAAUUGACAGCGCCAAGGGUAAAAAUCCAUGGGAUUCAUCUACUAUACAAAACGGAGGAGGCUACAACUACUGACGAGUACAGCAGCAGCACUGUCAAUGUAGGAAACAAAAGAAGCUAUGAUUUUGUACAACAUAUCGACGAGUAUGACAGCAUCACUGCUUCGAAUGUAGAGGAUGGGAGAAGCUACCCUUGUAAAUGGUUGAAAUACUUGGAAAGUGACAAGAACUGGCUCUCUCUGUAGGAAAUGAAUGGCUGAACCAGAAGCAUGCGAGUCGUUUGUUUUACACCUACGACAACAGGUAACGAAAAAUUAAUGUUUACAUAUGAUUUGAGUCAUUUUGGAACAACUAGGCACAGAACAAUAAGGCUUCACAAUGAGUUUAGGUUUUAUGAAAAUUCAUAAUGUAAGGAAAUUUUUAAGACUUUUCGUCAAGUCUUCAUACCUUGAACAGAUCAAUUCGCAUUUCUUUGUAAUGUUCAGUUUGUUGUGUAGAAAGUUGCAACAGCCACUUACAAAUGAUUUUAAGACA